UCUCGACUGGAGCAGCACAUGGCGUCUCAGUAUACCGCGUUCCGAGCGUACACCUGCAGAAGGUCAAGGUGGACACGGGGAUAACGAUGGGAUACCUCAUUCAAGAGGUAGGCAGUGGUAGCGCCGAGGAUGAGACUCGACUAGUGCUGAUCGUGGGUCACAGCUCUCGAAAAGAAGAAUGGGCUCCACUGGUCGACGUACUGCUCACUCAAUGGGAAAGAGGCUAUCCUGACAAAACACUCAAGGUUCUCACGUUCGAUAACCGCGGAGUGGGCGACUCGGACGCUCCGUGGGGCAAAUACUCCACAUCGGGUAUGACCCUGGACACAUUGGCACUGCUGGACACCAUCGGCUGGAAUACUGUUCACAUUGCUGGCGCUAGUUUGGGAGGAAUGAUCGCCCAGGAAAUCACUUUGGCAGCUCCCAACAGAGUCCAGUCGCUGUCGCUUGUAGCAACCAGCUCGGGGUCGUUCAUACCAGACACGUCUGCGUACUCGUCCAUUUUCACGACCAUAGUGUCGUCCGAUCCAACAAAAGUCACGAACGCCAUCCUAUCCUUCCUGUAUCCGGAACCGUUCUUAGCUAGCAAGAACGGAGAAAACGAGACAAUGCGGGACGUGCUGUACAAGUAUCAUAAGAAAAUGGUGACCACCUUGGGAGCUCCGUCUUCGUCCGGUGCAUUUGGCCAGUCGGCGGCUGCGAUGUUUCAUAGCGUCUCCAACAAGAAACUGCACAAAAUCCGCGACCAGGGAUUCCGGAUCCUCAUCGUUGCAGCGAAGCUGGACAAGUGUUUCGGUUUCUCGCACGGACUUCACCUCAAGAAAGAGCUUGCUAGUGACCACACGGAAUUUGUCGUCUACGAAGACGCCGGCCAUGGGUGCCUUUUGCAAUGCCUUGACGACAUAGCCGGUAAGCUCCUGGAGACUAUGCAGAGUGCUGGUGCCCCCUAAACUUUUCUUCGAAUGGUAGGGUAUAAUAGUAGCGAGUGCCUUAUCAAGAGUUAGUACUCGACCGCCUUCCUGCCUCUUGUUGACUUCCUAACAAAGAGUAUGUACAGUAUACUCAAAGAAGCCAUAUCUUCAUGCAGUGA